GUGUGUGUGUGUGUGUGUGUGUGUGUGUGUGUGUGUGUGUGUGUGGAUGGGUGGGUGUGUGUGAGAGUGUGUGUGUGUCUUUAGACUGAGUAGAUACGAGCACAUGCUGACACUAACGUGGAUAUUAAUAAGGAUUAUCUUAACUUCACGCCACCACGUAUCAGUGUUGCUGUUGGAGAUGUUUUCUUCUCUGGUUGUGGCCGUGCUGGGUUUCUUCUGCUUCAGCUUGGAGACCAAUGCGUCUCCUCUGGGACCUCCGCUGCUCUACGGACCCGACGUAGCGCUGGACGGACACGUCGUUGAGUUUGGGUGUCGGGUGCUCCGCCCCCCAGGAGAGCCCCUCCUCCUGCAGCUGUUCAGGAGGUGACACCAUGUGUUCAGGAGGUGACACCGUGUGACCAGGUGACACCGUGUGACCAGGUGACACCAUGUGAUCAGGUGACACCAUGUGACCAGGUGACACCAUGUGACCAGGUGACACCAUGUGUUCAGGAGGUGACACUAUGUGACCAGGUGACACCAUGUGACCAGGUGACACCAUGUGACCAGGUGACACCAUGUGAUCAGGUGACACCAUGUGACCAGGCAGGGGCUCCGCUCCAGGGCCCUGGCUUUCUACACCUCCCUGGACGGCAGCCCGGCCGUCUUCCCCAUGGUGGUCCGACGCGCCUCCCACGAGGGGAACCUGGAGUGUGUGGCCAGCGUGCAGAACAACUCCCGGAUCCAGCCCUCCGUCAGCCCACCGCAUCGCCUCAAGGUCCUGGUGCCCGUGGGCGGAGCCACGCUCGCCAUCCGGUCCCGGGAGGAGGAGUUCUUUGAGGGGGAGCGUCUGGUUCUGAGCUGUAACGUGACGUCAGGGAACUACGUCUCCUACAGCUGGCUGCUGGACGACCAGCCCCCCCCCGGCCCCACCCCCCAGCCUGGCCCCGCCCCCCACCACACCCACCCGGACCUCCUCAUCCCCAGAGCUGGACCGCAGCACUCUGGGAGCUACGUCUGUGUCGCCUCCAACCGAUACAACGACACCGAGGUCUACCGCGCGGCCAGCCCCAAGGUCAUGAUCACAGUCAAAGAGUUGGCCUCCCGCCCUGACCUUUCCUACGCCGUGGAGAAGCAGAACCAGACCUUCUCGGCGCGGGUCACCUGCCUGUCCAGCAGAGGGACCCCCCCGAUCACCUUCUCCCUCCUGGGGGGCGCCGUGCUCCUGGCCCGGCAGACCUCCGAGCAGGGUCCGAGCGCCUCCUUCAGCGUGCCCCUGGUCCCGGACGCCCCGCCCCGAAGGCUGCGCUGCCGGGCCGAGAACGGGGGGCGGGUCGCGGACGGGACGGAGACGGCCGUACACGUGGCGCCGGUGGGCGGGCCGGUGACCCUGACCUAUGAGUACAUCACGGCGGAGGACUUCUCCGUGACCGCAGUGACGUUCUUCUGCCGGGUGGCCAAGGGAAGCCACCCCCGCUUCCAGUGGUUCCUCAACGGCACCCUGCUGGGCCCAGACGCGCCGGCCUUCUACACCCUGCUGCAGCCGUCCGCCCGGCAGUCUGUCCUCCUGCUGCCCGUGGACAGACGGAGCUCCGGGACGUACCACUGCCGGGUGUCAGACCUCUACGACAACACGACGGGGGUCCCGAGCGGGAAGCUGUACCUAGACAGAGAAGGUGAACGCUGGUCUGUGCCUAGACAGAGGAGCGCUGAACCGCCUCUCCAGCGCGGUCGUCGCGAUGGUCUUCAGCUGCUUUGGUCUGGUGAUCGCCUGCGUCUCCGCCUGCUGCUGCGCUGGGCUGAUCUGCAGUGGACCUCUGAGGUGAAGGGUGUGGUCCUGGCCUUUGAAGAGGAUCUGGACUGGGAGGAGUACAGAGAGCAGGCUGAGGGCCUGACCGCCGCCGGACUGGAGUCUCAUCUGCAGGAGGCCCUGGCCUCGGAAGAGGAGGAGGAGCAGCGGCCGGAGAACCGGGAGACCCAGAGGAGAACACGGAGCGAUGAGGAGAACACGGAGCCAUGAGGAGGAGAACACGGAGCGAUGAGGAGGAGAACACGGAGCCAUGAGGAGGAGAACACGGAGCCAUGAGGAGGAGAACACGGAGCGAUGAGGAGGAGAACACGGAGCGAUGAGGAGGAGAACACGGAGCGAUGAGGAGGAGAACACGGAGCCAUGAGGAGGAGAACACGGAGCCAUGAGGAGGAGAACAGGGAGCGAUGAGGAGGAGAACACGGAGCGAUGAGGAGGAGAACACGGAGCGAUGAGGAGGAGAACGCAGGAGGAGCAGCCAGAGAACCGGGGAACCGGAGCUGAACAGCGCUGGUCUGAACAGAACUCUCAACUGGUCGGUUUGGGACCAGAAAACAUCUGUAAUCUGAUAUAAGGUUCCCCGGUCAUAACCAACAGCUUUAAUAUAUGACAUAAUAAUAAUAUAGAUAAAAUAACUUAAAGAACUGGUCUGCCUCGACUUUUAAUGUACACGUGUCUUCAAAUAAUACAGGCACGGCCUGUGUCAUUUUGUUUUCAGGCAAACUGAUACCUUUUUUUCCCUAGUUAUUAUUAUUAUUAUUAUUGUAAUAUAAUACAUUAUUAUUACUACUAUUAUUAAUCCCCCUGCUGGUAACCUGAGGUAACAGCAGGUCUGCUGCCCCUGCUGGUACCCUAAGGUAACAGCAGGUCUGCCGCCCCCUGCUGGUAACCCGAGGUAACAGCAGAUCUGCCGCCUCCUGCUGGUACCAGGAGUUAAUGCUGUCUGGAGAAAAACGCCACGUACAAUAGGGUAGCAUAAUCCUUUUAAUGUGACUGGGUUACCCAGCCAUUAAGUUUGUUCAAUUAGGGUUAGGAAUUCCACGUAUGCCUAAGUCUGUAAUAUUAAAGCUUAGUGGAUACUCGCACUGCACUGGCAUAGUUUAAAGUAUCUAUCUAGUAUCAUUGUAGUUUUUCCACAAUGUCUUGUUUUUUUUAAACGAUUUAUGAUGACUAUAUGCUCUGUAAGGUGACCUUGGGUGUCUUGAAAGGCGCCUCUAAAUUGAAUGUAUUAUUAUUAUUAUUACAUUUAGAUAAUCGUGUCGUCAUUCCCAUCCCUCCACGACGGUAUCUGGUUGGGAACAGACCUUUUAAUAAAGUCAUUCAUUAAAAUUAAAA